UGCAAAGUCGCUUAUCAGAAAGGCGGCACUUCAUUGUAUUUUUCUCACUAUGUAAAAAUAAUUUGCAUUCGUUAUGCAAACAUUUAUACAUAGUGUGCUUUUUAAUUACAUAGACAACGUAAGUAAAUUACCUUAUACUAAUUGGGAAAAAUCCAACUCCGUGUAAGUUUACGCAGUUGAGCAGGAAAGUAACUGCUAGAAGGUAGCUAGGUAGGCUAAUGUUAAGAUUUAAUCUACAAAGGAGCGUUCUAUCCCACAGCAGUUCAGAUGGCUGUACGCUGGUUAUGCAGGUGGGGCAGAGUCAGGUGAUCAUCGCCACUGAAACACAAUGGUUUUAACAGUGGAUGGAAGCUGUCUUUUUUUWAUGCAUUUUAGGUUUGAAAUUAUUCAUUUAAUCUGUGUGUAUGCUUUAGUUACGCACUUAUUUCUAAACUAAGUAGCUUUAAAUGGUAGUAAAUGAAGACCGUGGUUUCUAUCGUGGGAGGGGCGACACCAUUCCAACCGCAGUCAUUCAGUCAGUGACAGAAGAUUCGGUGGUGAGGUAGUGAAGCUGACCGGGAGCAUAACCGAAAUUCCUGCCUUCGUCUCACCACGUUCGGAAGCCUYUUUCUUUCACAGGCCGAUCUGGCUGAUGGAAACAGAGCUCGGCCAAAAUGUGCGCGAAUGUGUUCGGCGUUUUGAAAAGUCUCUUUGGGAAGCCUUUUGAUGGUGGAAAAAGGAUGGACCAUGGCGGUCCACAGGACCAGCAGCAGCCUUACCAUCCGCAGCAUCCUGCGAUGAUGAGACUGUAUGAGGUCCAGAAAGAGGUCUCGACUCUGGGGCCGCAGGUCUGCACCUUCAGCGGCCUGCAGAACGACCGAGAAUACAAGCGCAUGGAGCGCGAGCUGACCCAGCUGCUGCUGCAGGUGGACCAGGUGGACACGGAGGGAAAGCUGGAGCUGCAAGGAGCGCGCAAGAGGGCUGCGCAAGAGGUGGAGGGCCUCCUGCGGUACCUGGAGGAGAACGCCUCCCACCCGUCCCGCCUGGCCAUCGAAGAGCUGAGCAACGCGGCACGGGAGCUGGUGGACGAGCGGGUGGUGGAGCCGCAGCGGGCCGGCGGGGUGGCGGAGAUAAACGACGAGCUGGUGGACGCCCUUCAGGAGCUCGUCCUCAGGCUCACCCAGAUCAAGACUGAAGGCCGGGUGCCGCUCCGCAAGGCGCGCUACCGAGCGCUCACACGGCUCUGCGCCGUGCAGGACGUGCUGGAGAGCCGCACGCCGCAGCAGACCCUCUCUCUGCCCCUGUCGGGCGACACCCACGAGGCCGUGAACCGCAUCAACCAGGUCAUGGUGAAGGUGAGCAUGGCUCGCAGCCAGCUAGUGGCUUUGCUGAUGGGGCUGAGCGGGAGGGACAGCUGCGCGCACCUGUCCCGCAUCCUAACGGAGUUGCAGGUGGAGCUGGACGCCCUGGACGUCUCCGGGAACGCGGCAAUCCGGAAUUACAGGAAACAGGUGGUGGAGGAAAUAAACGGCCUGCUGAAACACCUGGACCUGGAGGGAGAAGGGGACGACACUCGCAGGUACGAUUUGGCGCAGAACAACUCCAUCCGUGAGAUCGAGGCCGUCCGAGCCCACGUCUCCCACUUACGAGAGGGUGUCCUGCGACACUGCGUGGUUGGUGACCUCAGUUUCCGGCCCAAAGCUGAACUCCAGAGCCUCCUCACCCACCUGGACCAGGUGGACACGGCCAAAAACCCGUGCAUCAGAGAGGCCCGCCGCCGCGCCGUGGUAGAGGUCCAGGCCAUCGUCACCUUCCUGGACCUCCGCGAGGCCCUGGUGUGCCGCCAGCCGGGCCCCGAGGAGCAUCCGUCGCACCGGGCCGUGUGGCUAGUCCUGGGCAGCCUCUCCGACCUGCAGGCCCAAGUUUUGGGCUUUGACGGCAAGCGGGCCGAUAAGAGCUACAUGAUGCUGGAGGAACUGCUGACCAAACAGCUGCUGGCGCUGGACGCCGUGGAUCCGCAGGGCGACGCGUCCACCAAGGUGGCACGGAAGCAAGCGGUGAAGUUCGCCCAGAACAUUCUCAACUACCUAGAUAUGAAGACGGACGAGUGGGAGUAUUGAUUAAUCCCGGACCACGUUGGGUCGGACACGGCUGCAGGAAUUAAAGGAGCUUGAAAAUGGAGCGUCAUCAUUCCGUCAGCUGUAAAUAUUGCCUGAAAUACCCAGAAUCCACUGCA